GCUCAGCCUAUCAGGGGGCAUGUAUUAUGGAAUUAUAAUAAUUCGAAAUAGAUUUCGAUCGAAUGUAUUCCCCGUAGAAAUUUUCUUAAGAAAAUACAACAGAAAUCUAGGAAAUAGUUAAAUAAUUCGACUGAAAUCGAAUCUAUUUCGAAUAAUUCCAUAUAUGUACGUAGUUGGAUUGUCGGCCGGUGCUAACCUAGAACUAACCUACCCUAACCUACAAAUACAAUUUUUAAUAAAAGAAGCAAUUCUGUCACAUAAUUUCUUUCUAAAAAUUGAACAAUCUCUUGCUUGUUUCUCUUGUCAUUAAUAUGAACAUGGAAGACUUUGGAAAGGAUUUGGAAGAGGAUUUGGAAGUUACAGAAUCUGAAGCAUCAGAAGCGCAAAUCGUCACAUGGAGAACAUUGAUAGAUCUAGUAAGAGAGAAUCCUAUAUUGUAUGAAAAACAACAUAAAAGUUACAAUAAAAAAAGUGAUAAGUAUCUAAUAUGGACUCAUAUUGGAGCCUUGUUGAUACCACCAAUGAUUGGACCCGCUACAGAAAAGGAAUUUUACCGUUUGCGACAGAAAUUUGGAAAAGAACGCCGAAAAAUUCUGCAGUCGCAAGCACGAUCUGGUGCAGGUGGAAAUGAUACUGCAUAUAAGUCGAAUUGGAUAUUAUAUAAUGAUUUAAUGUUUCUUGUUGAUUACAUUCAACCUAGACAAACAACAUCAAACUAUCAGCGUUCUAAACCUAUACAUAACAAGGUUUCGAAUUUAUUAAAUUCAUUAGCCUCACAGCGACUUAUUUCAACACCACCAUGUACAUCAUCACAAAUCUCACAGCGACUUAUUUCAACAUCACCAUGUACAUCAUCACAAAGUAUGUAA